AUGGGUCUAAGCCCCAUAGCCGACACACAAGGCCAGAUGACCCUACCUAACGGCACCAAGGUGAUGUCACCCGGCCAGGUCCAGUUGGCAUUCAGCUUCGACGGUGAAAACGAAAAGCACGACCUCCUCUGCAGCAUCUUGCCCGGGGCAACUCGGGACCUGGUCCUGGGCAGCGCGUUUCUCAAAGCCACCAGAACAAUGACGGACUACGCUCACAGAAUCAAGACAAUGUCCUACUGCCUAGCACAGCUAUCGCUAAACCUUAUCGGCGCUGAACAGGACGUUCUAGGCGGCCACAUCAACGGCAGCGAAUGUCUCGCAGUGCCAGACACGGGGUCAGACGUGAUGGCCAUAUCACUCAAACAUGCCCGCAGACUAGGUCUAAAGGUCCACCGAAAGGACCGUCAUCGGACGCUGGUUGAGUUUCUUGACGGCUCACGGGUACGCACAAAAGGUAUCGCUCAAGCAGAAUGGCAGUUUGCCUACGGGGAAGCACCAAUCCGCUGUGAUUUUCACGUCAUCAAAGGAUUGCCUGUCGAUGCGAUACUCAGCAACGCCUUACUCGAUGAGCAUGAUGUGUUCAGUCGCUACGAGGACCGCAUCGGAUCAUCAGAAAGCCUUCAGUCCACCGCGAGCCUCGGCAUCUAUGGCAUCUCUCUCGCAGAGGUAUGCGAACAGAAGAUUCGUUCUCUGUCGGACAGCUACUUGGACGACAUUAAGUCAGACAACCCCUUCACCCCCGAGAAAGUCGAGCGCGAGCGCGCACGCCGAGACGAAAUCCGCGACACUAUCUCGCGAAUCCCUGACGAAGCACUUCGAGCAACGAAACAACACCAGGAGUACUUGCGAAAAAGGUUAUGGGACGAACUCAGAAAGCCCCAUCUUGAGGCAAACGUCAGCACUGGAACAGCGCAAGGUAGAAACUCGAUAGCUAGUCACAGAAAUCAAGGCAGUCGGGAUAGUUGUUGGGUUCCCAAGGCAAUACAGUCGAAUAACAUAGGUGCAAGACAACUAGAAGAAGGUCUGACGGUGGACGAAAGCAACAGCUCGCAGGCGACGCAACGAAGUCGGACAGGCCUCAAAGCCCUGAGCAGAUUCUUCCGGUAG